AUGGGAUUGGGGGCGGAUCCGGACGCCGACGAGAAGCCGGACGUGUGGCAGCUCUUCCGGCACUACGACAAGCUCUACUUCCGCGGCGCGCUCGUCGACGCCGCCUUCACCCUCGAAUGGACCUCCCCGCGCACCAACGCGAUCAAUGCGUUAGGAUCCUGUUCAUUUGGAAAAAUGAGCAAAACCAUAACACUCUAUCGCACAAAUCGCACAAGUGCUGAUGUGAAGAAAGCCCUGCUGCAUCUGAUGAUUCAUGCAAUCAUAUUUGUAAAGCAUGGUAUGACGUGCCUUAGUAGUCAUGGUCCUGUUUUCCGUGAUUGGAUGGAUGCUAUCAACGAUUGUACCGUUGAGGAUUACCUGAGACCAAAAGGUGGUUAUUGUAUCACCACCAACCAUGAUUUCAGCCCGGAAAAACUCUGCGGCAUCCAGGGCAAUCUGUGGAAGUGUGAAUUGUGUGGCGAUGCACUUGUGAGGGCCACGAAGCUGGGCCCUCCAUCUGAUUCCUGCUGUAUCGAGAAUGUUAGCGAACAGGCAACCUGUGGCAACAUGCUUUGCUACUGGCACAACCACAAGAUGAAAUGUGAUGGUAAAUAUGUCGUGCCAGGGAAACGAGGUCAAAAGAUGGUUCUGAAAGUUAAGCGGGAAACAUCCGAAGUUGUACAAGAAUCAGAUUCAGAUGAAGUUCAGGAGAAUUCUACUGUGGGAAAACCAAAUGCAGAAGGCAAGCUUCUCUCUCAAGUGGGCUGCAGGAACGCAAGAUCACAGGUUCCUUGGAAAAAAAUAUUGAAGCCGAAGCAGGAGGUUGUUGCAUCGGAGAAGCACGAGCUCUUCUAUAUGGUAAGUUGUAACAAUGCAAAACCACUGGGAAGUUGCUCCUCGAAGAAGGCAGAGGAGUUCUCUCCGAGCAAACUGAAGCGGAAGCAUACAUCUGUUGCAUCGAAGAAGCAUGAGUUUAUCUCUGUAGGGAGUUGUAACAACGCAAAAUCGUCGAGAAGUAACACCUCCAGCAAGGCAGACAAGUGGCAGGAGCCAGAGCACGUUCAGAAACCAAGUGUGCAGCCCCCAGUAUCUCAGAAAAAACCAAAGCUGGAGCAAGACUUGGGUGUAUCGGAUAAAUAUGCAGUUUUCUCUCCAGGGAGUUACAACACUACAAAACCACCAGGAAGCAGCACCUCCAGGAAAGAAGACAGGCGGCACACGCCCGAAGGUGUUGAGAAAUCUAGUGUCUCAGUUCCUGCCCCACAGAAGAAACUGAAGCUCGAGACAGAUUUGGUUGCAUUGCAACAAAACAAAACCAACUGCUCAAUUAAGGCAGGGAAGCGGCACACGCCCGAGGGUGUUGAGAAAUCGAGUGUCCCGGUUGCUGCCCUACAGAAGAAACAUAAGCUCGAGCCAGACUUGGUUGCAUUGCACCAAAACAAAACCAACUCUGCAGUUAAGGCAGGGAAGCGGCACACGGAUGAGGGUGUUGAGAAAUCCACUGUCCUGAUUACUGCCCCACAGAAGGCACACAAGCAACGUGAGCAUGAACAGCCCCAGAAACCAAUUGCGCGGCCUACUGCCCCUCAAAGUAUACUCAAGCAGCAAACCAAAACCAACUCCUCAACUAAGGAAGGGAAGCAACAAAUUCCUGGAUACUUUCAGAGAACAUUUGUUCAGCCUGCUGUCUCUCACAGUAAACUGAAGCAACCAAACCAUGCUGCGCUGGGGAGGCCAAAGAGGAGGAGCAAAACUAGUAGCCCUGCUAGGAAAAAGGAGUAUGCUUGCGUGAGUGUGUGGGCAAACAUCUAUGAAUCAGAAUGCUCAAGUGGAUCAGCCGAGCCGCUUGUAAACAAAAGAACAGAGCGAAGGAAACGAGAGAGAGAACGUGCAGUUCAGAUAACUUAUUCGCGGUCAAGGAAGCGAAGUGCGGCCGAUGAAGAAGCCUCAUCUCGACAAACCAAGCCACCAUCUCAAGGCUUGGAGUUCAUUGUUAUCAAUGCUGCUAACAAGGUGGUGACUCAAGGCCCUAGAGAUCAGUUGAAGGCACCAGUUCCCCACAAGGACAUUGUUGUUGUCCCUCCUGCAGACCAGGUGACGACUCAAACCCUUACAGGUCGGUCCCAGCCACCAGUUCAAUGCAUGGGCAUUGUUAUCCCUCCAGCUGACCUGGCGAUGACUCAAACCCACGGAAAUCUGUUGAUUCCAUCUAGGCACAUGGACAAUGCUGCUGUCCGUCCCGCUGACCAGGUGAUGACUCGAGCCCCUGUACAUCAGUCACAGCCACCAGCCGCAAGCACCAUCGCCACUUCUCAGGUGGUUCCGCCUCAUUCGGCUGAUCCAGACAGUUCAAAUCCAUGCAGUAGCCCUGAUGUGAUAGACAUUUCUGAUGAUGACUGAACUUUAUCUCCGUUAAUUCUAAAGUUCGCUUCUUCUGGAUUAACGCUGGUAGUGUACGUACUCAGCCAUCUCUCUGGGUGUUAAAAUAGUAUGUCAUAGGCAUUUUGAGGAGUUUAUUUUCAGAGGUUUGGUUGGCGCUUACUAUAGAGAGGUAGUAGUACUAGUAGCUUAUAGCUGCCGCUUCAGCAUGAAAUGUGUAAACAUCAAAGGUAGAAUGACCGAUGGUGCUUAGUCGUACUACAAUAUCUUUUUGCAACAUAUUUUGAGACACUGGCUUGUGCAGUUGUGUCUGGUGAACUGAAGCAUGAAUUCUGGGAAAG